AGUACACGUGAAAUCAAAAUGGCGUGGCAGCCAGAAGAAAGUGGACUUGGACAGAUUUUACAAUUACUUAAACAAUCGCAAUCACCAGACACAGCCACUCAACGAGCGGUUCAACAAAAAUUGGAGGAGCUUAACAGAUAUCCUGAUUUCAACAACUAUCUCAUUUUUGUGCUGACAAAACUGAAAACUGAAGAUGACCCAACCAGGUCACUUAGUGGUUUGAUUUUGAAAAAUAAUGUUCGUGCUCAUUUCGAGAAAUUUCCUGCCGAGGUGACAACAUUUAUCAAGCAGGAAUGUCUGAACAGUAUAGGCGACCCGUCGCCAUUGAUUCGAGCAACCAUUGGCAUUCUGGUGACGACGAUCGUAGCCAAGGGAGAGCUGAGAAACUGGCAGGAGUUGCUGCCGACUCUUUGCCAGUCGUUGGAUUCUGAGGACUAUAACCUCUGUGAGGGUGCCUUUGGAGCUCUUCAAAAGAUAUGCGAGGACUCUGCAGAAACUCUUGACAGUGACGUGGUUAACAGGCCUCUGAAUAUUCUGAUUCCAAAGUUUUUGCAGUUUUUCAGACACCAGAGUCCCAAGAUCAGGUCCCAUGCUAUUGCUUGUGUGAACCAGUUCAUCAUCAGCCGGACACAAGCUCUGAUGCUGCACAUUGACACCUUUAUAGAGAACCUGUUUUUCCUGGCGACAGAUGAAGACCAGGAGGUCCGGAAGAACGUGUGUCGUGCUCUGGUGAUGCUUGUGGAAGUGCGAAUGGAUCGCCUCAUACCGCACAUUAACAACAUCAUUGAGUACAUGAUGCUGCGAACUCAAGAUGACGACGACACAGUGGCUCUGGAAGCGUGCGAGUUCUGGCUGUCUCUCGCCGAACAGCCGCUGUGUAAAGACGUUUUGUCGUCUCACAUAGAACGACUGGUUCCCAUCCUUGUUAAAGGAAUGAAGUACUCGGAAAUAGACAUUAUAUUAUUAAAGGGAGACGUAGAGGAGGAUGAAAUGAUUCCUGACAAAGAGUCUGACAUUAAGCCGAGGUUUCACAAGUCCAAGACGCACAGCCAGAAACAUCAAGAAGAUGGAGAAGAGGACGGUGAUGCCUCCGAUGAUGGCUUUGAUGACGACGACAGUCUUUCGGAUUGGAAUCUAAGAAAGUGUUCUGCUGCCGCUCUCGAUGUGCUGGCCAACGUCUUUCACGAGGACAUCCUGCCCAUCCUGCUGCCCAUCCUCAAAGAGACUCUCUUCCACCAGGACUGGGAGAUCAAAGAGUCUGGAAUCCUGGUGCUGGGAGCGAUUGCCGAGGGCUGUAUGAACGGGAUGGUGCCCCACCUGCCCGAACUCAUCCCGUAUCUCAUCGGCUGUCUCUCUGACAAGAAGGCCUUGGUGCGGUCGAUCACCUGCUGGACUCUCAGUCGAUACGCUCACUGGGUGGUGGGGCAGCCGCAUGACAGCUUUCUCAAACCGUUGAUGACUGAGUUACUGAAGCGAGUUCUGGAUGCCAACAAGCGAGUUCAGGAGGCAGCAUGCUCAGCAUUUGCCACGCUGGAAGAGGAAGCGUGUACAGAACUCGUUCCCUAUCUCGGCUUCAUUCUGGAAACACUCGUGUUUGCCUUCAGCAAGUACCAACAUAAAAAUCUGUUGAUUCUUUAUGAUGCUAUUGGAACUCUGGCCGAUUCUGUUGGACACCAUCUUAACAAGCCAGAAUAUGUAAAUUUGCUGAUGCCUCCAUUAAUACAGAAAUGGAACAUGUUGAAGGAUGAAGACAAAGACCUCUUUCCUCUGUUGGAGUGUCUGUCCAGUGUAGCGACGGCUCUGCAGUCUGGCUUUCUGCCGUACUGUGAACCGGUGUACAGGCGGUGUGUGUCACUCGUUGAACAGACCAUCAACCAGUGCUUUAAAAACUCCAACACCCCAGAUCAGUACGACCCACCAGAUAAAGAUUUUAUGAUCGUGGCACUGGACCUGUUGAGUGGAUUAGCUGAGGGGCUGGAGCAUCACAUUGAGGGGCUGGUUGCCAACAGCAACAUUCUCAAACUGCUAUUCCAGUGCAUGCAGGAUCCCAUGCCUGAAGUUCGACAAAGCUCUUUUGCUCUGCUUGGAGAUCUCACCAAGGCUUGCUUCCAGCAUGUUAGACCCUGCAUUGGAGAUUACAUGCCCAUCCUUGGAGCUAAUCUUAAUCCUGAAUUCAUAUCCGUCUGCAACAAUGCGACGUGGGCAAUUGGAGAAAUUUCGAUCAAAAUGAAUUCCGACAUGCAGCCGUAUGUUUCGGUAGUGCUGGGGCACCUGGUGGACAUCAUCAAUCGCUCGAACACCCCAAAGACACUGCUCGAAAACACAGCCAUAACAAUUGGUCGCCUUGGUUUAGUAUGUCCGCAAGAAGUCGCCCCUAUGUUACAACAGUUUAUCAGGCAGUGGUGCACAUCUCUGCGCAACAUCCGGGACAACGAAGAGAAAGACUCGGCCUUCCGAGGUGUGUGUCUCAUGAUCGGCGCCAACCCAGCUGGCGUCAUCCAGGAUUUCAUCUUCUUCUGCGAUGCCGUUGCAUCCUGGGUACAUCCCAAGCCUGACCUCAAGGAUAUGUUCUGUAAGAUUCUUCAUGGCUUCAAGAACCAAGUGGGUGAAGAAAACUGGACUAAAUUCUCUGACCAGUUCCCUACUCCCUUAAAGGAAAGACUUUCUGUCAACUAUGGGGUCUGAACAUUGAAAUCUCAAAGGGGUCAACUGGGAUCUAGUGCUCACAGUGACAGUGAGCGCCAAAUACGGGGCCGCGGGGAGGGCCAGUCAGGAGGGGGGAACCCUACAGCCAGGGGGCCGGGUCAUGCCACCAACGCGUGAUGCCGCAGUUGGCACUAAUCUGAUCUAUGGGUGGGAACGCGUCAUGGGAGGGGUCAUCGUACAUCGUCCAUCGUCCUCUUAUGUGAAACAGGAAUGUUGCACACACAACAACAACAUGUCUAUUUGCAUGUUACGCUAGGUACAAUUGAACUAAUUUUACAGCUUUGUCGUACUACGGGCAAACCUCUACAGAAUUUACCAAUAACAAGUUGAGCAUGGUAGGAAAAAAGCAUGUUAUGAUUCUCUCUUUUAGUGUUGUAGACACCUUGGUGAACGUUUCUUUAUCAGUAAAAUGUCUGUUCAUCACAAUUCGUGUAAUGUUCCAAAAGUGAGCCAUCGCAUGUGGCCGCUGUUUGAAGUUAUACAUGUUGUUGUUUUUCAAAGCCAUGAUGUGGCAUGCAUGAAAAAGCUUAAUUGUGGAAUGCACAUUCAUAUAUCGAUGUGUUUUUCAUCCCUUUAUUUUUACGAGACCGUUUGGAAAGAAAAACAUGGAAUUCUUUUCUUUUGGCCUUUUUGUAUUAGAUGAAUGCACAUGUAUAAUUGGAGACGAGAGAAAACAACAAACGUCAUCAAGAUUUAGAACAUUUUUAUUUAAAUGUGUCUGAGAAUUUUCUGUUUAUUUUAUGAAAAGUGGUGUACUGGAACAUCAGGUAAAGUUUAAUUUUUGUAUAAAGCUUCAAUUCGGAGCUAAGGAAUUCAAUCAAUGUUUUAACUUUUUCUUGACAACAAAGUGUUACGGCUGUGCAUCUGUGAAUAUUAGGUUAAUUAAUUUAAACCAUUUAUGAGUAGCACAAGAUAUAUAUGAGAAUUUUUUUUUUCAGUAUUGCACUUCUAAAAAAAAUGAACAUUUUACUUACUAUGUCUUUUUUUCACCAUGAAUUGUUAGCAAAUAUCGAUGAAAUAUUGGGAGCUUGUCGUAAUUAAAAUGGGGAAAGAAGCAAUGUUGGCUCUGAAAGAAACGGAUUACAUCAGACAUCUUUUGUUUAGGUUAAUAAAUUUAAGCUUUUUGAACACUUUGGAAACUCUUGGCACAGUUUGUUUUUACCAGUUGUGAACUAACGACGGUGGUGUUCUAUAAAUGAAGAUGAUCUGAUUGGAUCUUGCUUCAAGUGAGCAAAAUCCACUAGGAUGGUGAAGCCUUUAGGAAAAAUUCACUUUUUUUUAACAUCGUUAAAAUGGCAAAGCGUUACCCCUAAGCACUUAUCAGCAGUGAGUUGUAGAGUCCAUCAGUUUGGACGUGGGAGCAAAAUGCACCAACAUUGGGAACAAAGCUGUUCCGUGUAUUCUAAGUUGGCACAUAGCCAGGGUUGGAAGAAUCGUAAACCCUUGCAUCAUAUGAUAGUUUCUGCACCGCACCACACAGUACGGCUGAGCAGAUUUAUUUUAAUUGAAGAUUAGCUGUGGUUCUCAGCUAGUGACUCCUGUCAUCUGUAAACUGUAAUGUCUGAUGGGCACAAUUGACAAAUGUUUGGCAUGAUCAUUUAAAAAUACAUUUUUAAAUUUGCUUUAUUUAGUCCUGUGAUAAUGAAAAUAUAUUUGCUAUAGCACUGAUUGCAUUGUGUUAAUUGUUUUGGUUCAGUAAUGUCAAAUAGCCAAUGGAUUAUUGAUUAAUAAAUAUACUCUAGUAGUGUCUUCCAACAAAAUGUAAUACCAGAAAAAAUAUUCUUCAGAAAAAAUUCUGAACAUCCUUGAUUGGAUUUCUUAAUUCCAUAAAGAGCAAAAAAAUGUCCUGAAAAUUAAUUGAAAGCUUGUGUCAAAUUGUGCUAAACAUAUUUUUAGAGUUGCUUUAAAGUAAAAAAAAUUAAAUUAAAACUUUCCACCAUCUAAUUGGCUUCCAUUUUGAAUAGAUGUUUUAAAAAAUAAUAAAAAAUUACUCAAAGGGUAAAACAGGAAUACAUUUUACAUGCCUGUAUUCCUGCCUGUGGAAUGAUAGCACAUUAGUUGUGUGUAAUAUCUGGAGACCUGUGUUGCUUUUAUCUACAUCAUUGUAUUUAAUGUCCCAAGUUUGUUUGCAGUGCCCAUCAGACUUUAGUGAACCAUCCUGCCUGUCAUUGUGUUGAUAUUCUUUGAGAACAGAAUUACCAAGUAUAGGAAUGUGCACUGUCAAAUUGCUAUUUUGAGUUUCUGGCUGAUAUUAUCCAUUCAAGAAUUUCAAUAUUAUGAGUAUUAAAUAUUUUUAAACAAGCCUGUAUUGUUUUGUAUAUGUCAAUUUUGUAUAUAAUUAUACAUAUAUAUAUAUAUGUUUGUUUUUUUAUUAUAUAUUUUUGGCAAUACAGGCUUUGUUAUUUUUUAGGUGUAAUAUAUAUAUAUACAUACAUAUAUAAUAUAGCUUUGUAUAGUUGUUCUGAUAGAAUAACUAUUUUUAAAUAAAUCUGGUUAUGUAGUGGUUAAAGUAUUUUUCAGUGAAUAGAAGUGUAUGGAAAUGUUUUCACCUCAAGGAUUUGAUGGUAUCUGGAUUUGAGUAGUUACGAAUGCAAGGUAAAGAUCAAACGGGCUAUUCGUCAUAAUAGGCCGUGAUAGGAUAGGUAUUUAUAUUGGAAAAUUCCAUCUGAAAAUGGCAAAAACAUUUACAACAGAAAAUGCUGCAAGAAGCUAGUAUUAACCGAGGAAACAUUUAGUUUAGACAUGCAAAAGUUUGAGAUCAUUGAAAAGGGGUUAGUCCAUGGGUUACAGCUAUAGAUGAUAGUUUUACCUCUGCAUUAAAGCUAAUUGACUUCCUGGUAAGACACUACUGCUAAUCUGGGACUUGUAUUUUUGACACAAUAAGACACCUGCUUCCUACUCUAGUUGUUUUAUUGCAUACACUUUGUGGGAUUGAGGGGAGGAAUUGUAAAGUGUGGGAUUGAGGGGAGGAAUUGUAAAGUGUGGGAUUGAGGGGAGGAAUUGUAAAGUGUGGGAUUGAGGGGAGGAAUUGUAAAGUGGGGGAUUGAGGGGAGGAAUUGUAAAGUGGGGGAUUGAGGGGAGGAAUUGUAAGGAUGAAAGAACUUUAAAAAAAAAGAAGAAGAAAUCCUGCUCAUUUAAUGUGAUGAUGUUAAUCUGUUGUUAAUAUUUAAAAGUUUUACUGACACCAUUUCAUACAUUUUACUACUUUUUAAAAAGCAAGUCUGAAUACUAUCUGUGACUUUAAUUCAAAUCUGUUAAUCCAUAAAAAUUUAGGGAAAAGCACCAUUUAAACAAUAUUUUAAAAGUUACCAGACUGCUGUAACAGAAUGAUUGUGUAAUAUGAUAAUUUAAUUUUUAAGAAAUAUGCUCAUAUAUUAUAGGCUAAUUAACUACGGGUAUGCCUAGACUCUAUAGACUAACUGAGGGUAUGCCUAGGCACUAAGGACUAAUUAAUGGAGGGUAUGCCUAGGCACUAUAGACUAAUUAACUGAGGGUAUACCUAGGCACUAUGGACUAAUUAACGGAGGGUAUGCCUAGACACUUCUAGACUAAUUAACUGAGGGUAUGUCUAAACGCUGUGGACUAAUUAACUGAGGGGUAUGCCUAGGUACUAUGGACUAAUUAACUGAGGGUAUGCCUUGGCACUAUGGACUAAUUAACUGAGGGUAUGCCUAGGUACAGUAGUCUAAUUAAUGGAUGGUAUGCCUAGAUGCUAUGGACUAAUUACCUGAGGGUAUGCCUAGAUGCUAUGGACUAAUUAACUGAGGGUAUGCCUAGGCACAGUAGACUAAUUAACGGAGGGUAUGCCUAGACGCUAUGGACUAAUUAACUGAGGGUAUGCCUAGGCACUGGACUAAUUAAUGGAGGGUAUGCCUAGGCACUAUGGACUAAUUAAUGAAGCGUAUGCCUAGGCACUAUGGACUAAUUAAUGGAGGGUAUGCCUAGGAACUAUAGACUAAUUAACUGAGGGUAUGUCUAAACGCUAUGGACUAAUUACCUGAGGGUAUGCCUAGAUGCUAUGGACUAAUUAACUGAGGGUAUGCCUAGGCACAGUAGACUAAUUAACGGAGGGUAUGCCUAGACGCUAUGGACUAAUUAACUGAGGGUAUGCCUAGGCACUAUGGACUAAUUAAUGGAGGGUAUGCCUAGGCACUAUAGACUAAUUAACGGAGGUAUGCCUAGGCACUAUGGACUAAUUAAUGAAGGGUAUGCCUAGGCACUAUGGACUAAUUAAUGGAGGGUAUGCCUAGGCACUAUGGACUAAUUAAUGGAGGGUAUGCCUAGUCACUAUAGACUAAUUAACGGAGGUAUGCCUAGGCACUAUGGACUAAUUAAUGAAGGGUAUGCCUAGGCACUAUGGACUAAUUAAUGGAGGGUAUGCCUAGGAACUAUAGACUAAUUAACUGAGGGUAUGUCUAAACGCUAUGGACUAAUUAACUGAGAGUAUGCCUAGGCACAGUAGACUAAUUAACGGAGGGUAUGCCUAGAUGCUAUGGACUAAUUAACUGAGGGUAUGCCUAGGCACUAUGGACUAAUUAAUGGAGGGUAUGCCUAGGCACUAUAGACUAAUUAACGGAGGUAUGCCUAGGCACUAUGGACUAAUUAAUGAAGGGUAUGCCUAGGCACUAUGGACUAAUUAAUGGAGGGUAUGCCUAGGAACUAUGGACUAAUUAACUGAGGGUAUGCCUAGGCACAGUAGACUAAUUAACUGAGGGUAUGCCUAGGCACAGUAGACUAAUUAACGGAGGGUAUGUCUGACGCUAUGGACUAAUUAACUGAGGGUAUGCCUAGGCACAGUAGACUAAUUAACGGAGGGUAUGCCUAGCCGCUAUGGACUAAUUAACUGAGGGUAUGCCUAGGCACAGUAGACUAAUUAACGGAGGGUAUGCCUAGACGCUAUGGACUAAUUAACUGAGGGUAUGUCUAAACGCUAUGGACUAAUUAAUUGAGGGUAUGCCUAGGCACAGUAGACUAAUUAACUGAGGGUAUGCCUAGACGCUAUGGACUAAUUAACUGAGAGUAUGCCUAGGCACAGUAGACUAAUUAACUGAGGGUAUGCCUAGACACUAUGGACUAAUUAACUGAGGGUAUGCCUAGGCACAGUAGACUAAUUAACUGAGGGUAUGCCUAGGCACAGUAGACUAAUUAACUGAGGGUAUGCCUAGGCACAGUAGACUAAUUAACUGAGGGUAUGCCUAGACACUAUGGACUAAUUAACUGAGGGUGUAAUGAUGAGAACCAACUUGUUGAUUGAAGAUCGAUAGAACGUUCAUUUGAGAGAAUGUGGAGUGUUAAUGGAUUUUGACUUUGGAUGUUAGCCGUGUGUUAUAAGACCAACUGCUUUUUAAGAUGGGAAGAUUGGUGGUGAUGAUUGAAGGGUUAGAAAUUUAAAAUUCUUGAAUGGAUAAGCUAUGUAUUGAGAGUUUGAAAAUAUACUUUUUAAAGCAUUUCUAUAGUAUUCUUAAUCGACUGAUGACUGCUAUGGUGUAAAGUUGAAAGAACAUUCCAUGUUUUAUUUUUUUAUCAGUAUCAAAUCACUUUAAUAAUAAAAUGAAAUAAGCACAAUUGAAAUUGAUUGCUUUAGUGUUUUAGUUAACCUGAAACUAUGGGAUGCAUAAGUAACUGAAAGCUUAGCUAAGUUUUAUUUGGAAAAGAUUGUUAAAUUUAUUUUAAACCAGUUUUAUUAAGUUAUUUGAGAAAUAACUAAAAGAUGAAUGAUAUCUAACAUGUAGUAUUCUCUAUUUGAACAAAAAUAUCUGACUAACAUCAAUACCAACAAACUUAUUCUUCAGAAGAAAUUUGUAUUGUAAGUUCAUAGUGGUUGGAGAAAGAAAAUUUGUUCUGCAUUAUUUCAAAUCCACAUUAAAAAGAAAAAUUGAAGUCAUUUUAGUUUCUAUUAUUUUAAUUUAAUUUGAUUUUGAAUUGAAUUCAGAAUAAGAGAAUCUCAAUUCAUUAGUCCGAAAGGUUUCAGCCAGAACUUAGCUGUUUGCCAGUGUUCUCAAAGAAUUGGUGCAGAAGAAUGCAUUUAAGAUGCCAUCUUGUUUUCAAGACGUGUGAUAAUAAAAAUACCCUUUGUCUGUGAUUAUUUUGGGGGAAUGUAUAGAUAUGUAUAUGUGACUUGGUUGUGUAUUUUUAGGGAUAUUAGAUUUUUAUUUUUUUUAUUAUUUAUUAAUAUUAUGAUUAUUUGUUUUUGUACUGCUUCGAGAGGAAUUUUAAUUAAGAGUAAACCACAAGAUGUUAAUGUGGUUUUAUUGUUAUAGAAACCACUCUAUCAAGUGUUCCGUGGCCACCUUGUAAUGUCAAACAUGUAUGUUCAAACGGGAUUGAUUUGUAAUGUUCAUCUCAUUGUGUACAGUGAAGUGACCUUUUAAAUUGCAUGUAUGUAGUGUCAAAUAAAUUCUGUAAAAUGG